CAAACAAUCAAUCAAUCCCCAAAAUGGCACGUACCAAGCAGACUGCCCGCAAGUCUACUGGAGGCAAGGCCCCCCGCAAGCAGUUGGCCACCAAGGCAGCUCGCAAGUCUGCCCCUGCUACAGGAGGUGUCAAGAAGCCCCAUCGUUACAGGCCCGGAACUGUCGCCCUUCGUGAGAUCCGUCGUUACCAGAAGAGCACUGAGCUCCUGAUCCGCAAGCUGCCCUUCCAGCGCCUGGUCCGUGAGAUUGCCCAGGACUUCAAGACUGAUCUCCGCUUCCAGUCCUCUGCUGUCAUGGCUCUGCAGGAGGCUUCCGAGGCUUACCUGGUUGGCCUGUUCGAGGACACCAACCUGCAUCUCUUGGUUAAGUGAUUCAAAGCUGAAACCAUGACUGGACGUGGAAAGGGUGGCAAGGGGCUCGGAAAGGGAGGCGCCAAGCGUCAUCGCAAGGUGUUGCGUGAUAACAUCCAGGGUAUCACCAAGCCUGCAAUCCGUCGUCUUGCCCGUCGUGGUGGUGUCAAGCGUAUCUCUGGUCUCAUCUAUGAAGAAACCCGUGGUGUGCUCAAGGUGUUCCUCGAGAACGUGAUCCGUGACGCCGUCACCUACACCGAGCAUGCUAAGAGGAAGACUGUCACUGCCAUGGACGUUGUCUACGCUCUCAAGCGCCAGGGACGUACCCUGUACGGUUUCGGAGGUUAAGCGUUUUCCACAACAACAACAAGUACAAGAAGGAAAACUACCACAACCACCAAAGCCAACCAGUAAAGCGACCCAAACAAAACCUUGGACCUAUCUUAGGUCCUAAUACAA